CCGGUGUACCCCGGGCUGGUGCCGGCCGCAGAGUUCCCCACGGACGAGACGAGGAUCCCCGUUGGAUGGGGAAUGCUCGGGAAGGAGCCGGGAAUCAUUGGGAAGCGGCGGCAGGAAGCUUCCAGGGACCCGGUGGCUCGGUGUUUGCGGAGGAACGCCAGGCGGGCAGCUGGAGCGGCGGUGUCUGGAGCGGACGGAGAGAUUCCCGACACAGGGACCGGCUUCGGGAAGCCCUGGGCAGAGGAGCGAUGGUGAUCGAGGUGGAGCGCAAGUUUGCGCUGGGCCAGGACACGGAGCGGCGGCUGCAGGCGGCGGGGGGUCAGCCCCGGGGAGGCCGGAGCUUCCUUGACCGUUACUACGACACGGAGCAGCGGGCGCUGACCCGGGCUGACCACUGGCUGCGGAACCGGAGCGGCCGCUGGCAGCUCAAGAGCCCGACCACAGCGGGGCUGGGACCGGGAGCGGGAGAGACCCCUGAACCGGGAACUGCUCCGGGAACGGGAGAGACCCCUGAACCGGGAACUGCUCCGGGAACGGGAGAGACCCCUGAACCGGGUACUGCUCCGGGAACGGGAGAGACCCCUGAACCGGGUACUGCUCCGGGAGCUGCACCGGGAAUUACACCGGGAACAGGAGCAGCGCCGUGCCGGGACGGUGGGGCGACCCGUUAUCGGGAGACAGAGACGGAGGCGGAGAUCAUGGCCCUGCUGCGGGGGCUGCUGCCCGGGCUAGUGGGCCCCGGCGGGACCGGGGACAUCGAGCGGCUGGUGACCGCGCGGCUCCUACGGGAAUUCGCCGCCAUCCACACCCAGCGCUCCAGCUGGCAGCUGCCCGGUGGUGUCACCGUCGACCUGGACCAGACCGACUUUGGCCACCGGCUCGGGGAGAUCGAGGUGACCGUCGCUGGCGAGGAUCAGGUGCCCGCUGCCCUGUCCCGGAUACAGGCGGUGGCCCAGGAACUGGGUGGGUGACAGGGACGGGGAGGUGAUGCUGACAAUGUCCGGAGAGCAGUAAAAGGAUUAGUCCAAGUCAGCAUGGAUUUAUGAAAGGGAACUCAUGCUCGACUAGAUGAAGUACGCAGGGUUGUAAGGGGCUGAAAAGAUGAAGUACGAGGGGAAGAUGGCCGGGAAUAUAAAGAAGGACAGGAAAAGCUUCUUUAGAUAUGUUAAGGGAAAAAGAGUAGCAAAGUCAAAUGUGGGUCCCUUGAAGGCAUACACGGGUGAAAUUAUUAUGGGCAACAAGGAAAUGGCAGAAGAGUUGAAUAGGUACUUCGGAUCUGUCUUCACUAAGGAAGACACAAACAAUCUCCCAGAUGUACUGGAGGACAGAGGAUCUAACGGGGCAGAGGAACUGAAAGAAAUUUUCAUUAGGUGAGAAAUAGUAUUAGGUAGGCUAAUGGGACUGAAGGAUGAUAAAUCCCCUGGGCCUGAUAGUCUGCAUCCCAGGGUCCUCAGGGAGGUGGCUCUAGAAAUAGUGGACGCAUUGGUGAUCAUUUUCCAAUGUUCAAUAGAUUCAGGAUCAGUUCCUGUGGAUUGGAGGAUAGCUAAUGUUAUCCCACUUUCCAAGAAAGGAGCGAGAGAGAAAACGGGGAAUUACAGACCAGUUUUGCCUGACUUUGGUGGUGGGAAAGAUGCUGGAGUCGAUUAUUAAAGAGGUAAUAUUGUCAAAAGUUUUAGAAAGAGUUCUGCUGGAUAGAAUAAAUGAGUUUGUUAACUCCACAGAUAACCAGUUUGGCUUUAAAGCUAAACGGGCACUGACAUGCAUAUAUGCCCUAAAGGAGAUUGUAAACAAAUAUAGAGGCAAAUACUCUUCAAUCCUUAUGUGCUUUAUUGAUGCUUCCAAAGCCUUUGACAAUGUUAAUAGAAUGAGUAUAGAAGUUGGGAUGUAAUGUUAAAAUUGUACAAGGCAUUGGUGAGGCCAAUUCUGGAGUAUGGUGUACAAUUUUGGUCGCCUAAUUAUAGGAAGGAUGUCAACAAAAUAGAGAGAGUACAGAGGAGAUUUACUAGAAUGUUGCCUGGGUUUCAGCAAACUAAGUUACAGAGAAAGGUUGAACAAGUUAGGUCUUUAUUCUCUGGAGCGCAGAAGGUUAAGGGGGGACUUGAUCGAGGUCUUUAAAAUGAUGAGAGGGAUAGACAGAGUUGACGUGGAUAAGCUUUUCCCAUUGAGAAUAGGGAAGAUUCAAACAAGGGGACAAUACUUGAGAAUUAAGGGACAGAAGUUUAGGGGUAACAUGAGGGGGAACUUCUUUACUCAGAGAGUGGUGGCUGUGUGGAAUGAGCUUCCAGUGGAAGUGGUGGAGGCAGGUUCGAUUUUACCAUUUAAAAAUAAAUUGGAUAGUUAUAUAGACG